AUGCCAUUUCAGUCUGCGCUUCCGGGCCCCGGCCCACUUCAGUUAAGGGCAGGGCGAGGACGUUUCGAGGAUGACGAGAUGAGGGCAGCGGUUGCGGCCGCCCAGGAAGUGAGCAGCACUUUUGGGGCAACUCCGGCCAACCUGCCGACGGCGCAGACCCCGAGCCAUGCGCUGAACUUGCUGGCGCCGCUUAUCCGCUGGACGGGACAGCUCUUGCGGACGGGUCCCGAAGAUGAAGUACCACCCAUCCAUGUAGAUGAGGACUACAGGCAGUCCUUGAUUCAGCUGAUGAAGCUCUUCCCCUACUCGCUGCAGCAUCUUGAGUUAAUUGGAGCCGGGCCGGCCGAGCUUAUCCAGGCAGGCUUCUCUGCACGGCAGCUUUGCGAGGCUGGCUUUUCCUGGAAUGCCCUGCGAGGUGCUGGGCUGACACUGCGAGAGCUGCGCCAUGCAGGCUACCUGGCCGAAGACUUCCUAUCCGGCGCUGUGGACCUUCGGGAGCUGAGAUCCUUGGGCUUCAGCGCCCGAGAGCUGCGCGAGUCCUUGGGUCCAACAGCAGCUCGGGAGCUGCGUGCCGCAGGCUUCACAGCCACGCAGUUGAAGCUUGCAGACUUCGACGCCUGGCAGCUGGAGGAGGCUGGCUGCAGCAUCCCCGAAAUCCUGGAUGCCGGCUUUUGCGCCCAGCAAAUGCGCUACACUUCCCUCUCUGCCGAUGGUAUGAGGGACGCCGGCUUCGGAGCGAAAGAACUUUGGGAGGCAGGGUCUACUUUUGAAGCCAGGCUCAUUACAUACAUAUGA